AUGAGAGCAACACGGCCACCUGCGAAGAAGAACAAGGGUACUGCAGCUGCUGAGGCAGAUUUUAUUCUGGAAAAGCGCAUUCAGGACUCUCAGAAAGUGGCGCAAGACCUUGAUUACGACCCUUUUAUAUUCAUGCCGCGCGAAUGGAGGGUCGCUAUCGACUUUGCUAAGUUUCCAUUGAAAUCUGCACCACCGUCUGUCCCGAAAUUCCAGGAAGGAAAGGUUCCCAUGACACCGGUUGGCAUUAUCAAAGACUUCCCAUACAGCUACAACAACUCGCAUGAUUGUUUUUACAGAUUGGCAUACACCACGACAUUCCUCAAAGCAAAGACCUGCUCGCCAUAG